GGCGUGUCCUAGGAGAGGGCGGGUUUCCGGGGGAGGGCCGGGCGCAGGUUUAGGCGCUGAGUCCGGUGCCCGGGAUCCGACUCGGGCCGGAUGGAGACGGGCAGCGUGGCUGACUCGCUCCUCUCCGGAGCUUGCGUGUUCUUCACCCUUGGCAUGUUCUCCACUGGCCUCUCGGACCUCAGACACAUGCAGAUGACCCGGAGCGUGGACAGCGUUCAGUUCCUACCCUUUCUCACCACGGAUGUCAACCCUGCAUCCCUGUUCUGCCCCUGCAGCAACCUGGGCUGGCUGAGUUAUGGGGUCCUGAAGGGCGAUGGGACCCUCAUCAUCGUCAACACCGUAGGUGCUGUGCUUCAGACCCUGUAUAUCGCCGCCUAUCUGCGCUACUGCCCACAAAAGCGCAUGGUGCUCCUACAGACCGCAACCCUGCUGGGGGUCCUUUUCUUGGGCUAUGGCUACUUUGGGGUCCUGAUGCCCAAUGAUGAGGCCCGGCUGCAGCAGCUGGGCCUCUUCUGCAGUGUCUUCACCAUCAGCAUGUAUCUCUCACCACUGGCUGACUUGGCCAAGGUCAUUCAAACUAAAUCAACCCAUCGUCUCUCCUUCUCUCUCACCAUUGCCACCCUCCUUUCCUCUGCUUCCUGGUCCCUCUAUGGGUUUCGACUCAGCGACCCCUACAUCACGCCCUUUUAUUGCAGGUGCCCAACCUUCCAGGAAUCCUUACCAGCUUUAUCCGCCUCUGGCUUUUCUGGAAGUACCCCCCAGAGCAAGACAAGAACUAUCGGCUUCUGCACACCUGAGGCAGCUCAUUUGACCACUGGGCACCUUAAUGCCAACUUGAUACCAAAGAGCUCCUUGCUUCAGCUGGCUGGUGACCAGUUUCAUGGUGCAGUAGGUUGUGGGAAAGAGACAACUUUGAGAUUAGAGGGUUCAAUGAAAGAGCUUCACUCAGAAGACUGGGUGGGACCUAUGAGAUGAAAUCACUUAUUUUCUUGAGAGAUUAUCUUUUUUAAUUUUGGAGGUUGGGGGUGAUAUCUUUAUGCUGUGCCUUAAAAUAAACUAUUUCCCAGCCCUGCCAA